GCUUUGGUCCUAUUCGGCCAAUGCCUCGGAGAAGGAAAGGCAUGACCUUUGCCAAAACAGACAUCUCCUUGGACGUCGAUGCAGAGCUAUUGCGGGAGGAACUGGUACAACGUGGACCGGGAAUAGGGGAGAAGUUUGAAGAAGCAGUAGUGAAGCCGCUGCAGAAAUUGGCACUUGAGACGUACAAAGCCAUCUAUGACACAAUGCCCGUUGAGCAGCAGCAGGACUGCGACUGGAUUAAGGAGCAGGAUAACGCCCGGGAGGACAUGAAGUUGUAUGGCGAGAACGGCAAUUCCGAGAAGAUGAGAAUAGCGGUUGAAGCUGGAAUCACGCACCAAGUAGAGGAUAGCUUCAUGGAGCCACAGCGACGACGGUUGGCUCAGUUGGAAUUGCAAUUCGUGCUGAACACGGAGGCAAACUACACCCUCCUGGAGCAUAUCGAUGCGCUGCAACGAACUCUGAAAGCAGCCAAAGAGGAGAAGCUUGAAGAUCCCCCUUUGAUCAGUCGUGGACAAAAGCGGCUUGCAGAGCAGGAAGCUGAAGCCCGGAGAUUGGAUGCUCAGAAGGACAAGACUAAGAUGUGUGAAAGUGACCCCGCAGCUGCUAGGUAA